UCCAGAUCCCAGAGUAAGACCAGACCACUCUCCUCCAGAUCGAAGUCACGCUCUAAAUCGAGAUCAAAGUCUGGCUCCAAAUCUAAGUCCAGUCGGUCGAAGUCGAAACUACCAGCAACCACGACCACAACAGCGACUCCCGUAACGACCAGUACACCAGCUACGACCGCUGCAGGAGCGCCUUCUAGAGGAGAAAGCUCGCCAACGAAUACAGAGGACCCG